AUGAUAAUCGUGAUGAACCCGCACCGGUUGCUACAGACUGCUCGAUUCACGUCAAUUUACGACGAGCAGGUUGUACUCACUUACGCUGACACGGCAAAUGCUGAGACAGUACUGGCUCCGCAUCCAUUUGCUAUCGCGAAACAAAGUCUAGGUCGCGGGCAAUCCCUUUGUCUUUGCGGUGGGAGUGGUAAGACAGAACUUGCCAAGGACUUGCUGAAAUACCUGGUACUUCUGUUUACUAGCUCCACUAAAAGUACCAUUCAGAUGAGAACAGAGGAAACACGAACGAUCGCUCUCCUCGAAGCUAAAGGUGUGGAGAAAUACGAAAUCGUGCUGCUGGAUUGGCAUCCUGAACGCUGGGAAGAAAUGGCAUCAGUGAGUCGAAGUAAGCCAUCUUUAGGAUGA